AUGACCCUGAUGCACUCAACACGUCACCCUCAGGACAACGCAAAUUUUAUCUCGAAAGUCAUACUUUGGUGGAUUUUCCCUCUACUGUUGAAGGGUACCCACGAUCCACUAACACACGAAGACCUUCUUGCCAUCAGGAACGUCGAAAAAUCGUGUCAGCGGACUUCCCGACUGGAAGAAAAAUGGCGGCAAGAAGUCAAAUCCGCGCGAACCUCGGCCCGGGAACCCAAACUUUGGAGGGCGAUGUCUAGAUAUUUCACCUUUCAGGAAUAUUGGUAUUUUGUUCCAUCGGGGUUGGCCUACUUCUUGGGCGACAAUAUAACUUGGUUUUCGACGAUUAGCCUGUUGCGCGAACUCGUCAGUUUCCAUGGAGACGCCUCACGUUUUGGAUGUUUUGUUUACGUCUAUGGCAUAGCGAUUGGAUCUUUGAUGAAGCUGAUUGGUCAAAAUCAUUUUCAUUUACACGGCGCUAUCCUAGGCGUGCGUGCACGAGCAGCGAUCUUAGGUUUACUGUAUAAAAAGAUUCUGCAGCUCAGUAAGUUAUCUCUGGACAGCGGUCAUGUGAUGGAAUUAGUAUGCAAUGAUUCUCAGCGAAUAAUAUUCUGCAGCGCUGAGUGGUUUAUUCCAUACGCGAUCAAACAUUCUCUGGAUAUCGCUUGUAUCAUAAUAUGGUUGCUGUUUUUCAUCGGUUGGCAAAUUAUUCCAGGUUCUGUGUUUCUAUUGGCUCUCGGUGUGACACGUGUGCUUCUUAAUAAAUUCGACUAUAAACUACGAAAGAGCGCCUCGCAAUUGUCGGACGAACGUUUGGGAGUCAUCCGGGAAACACUGACCGUGAUAGCCUCCGUGAAACUAAACUGUUGGGAUCCAAUAUACGAAGAUAAAAUACAGAAGCCUCGAUGGCAAGAGAUAAAGUACAAAGCCAAGCGGUGGAUCGUGAUGUUAACAUGCUACUCGUUUAUUUCCUGUGGACAACAUCUUGGUACGGUCAUUACCGUUCUAGUUUUGGUGCUUACAAAAAGAGCCGAUAUUCCGUACCUGAAUUUCUUUGCAAUGAUCGUGCUAUUUCGUGAACUAAGCGAGAAAAUUUGUCUGUGCUUGCCAACGUCAAUUCGCUAUAUUACCGACGUCAGAACUGCCUUAAAACGGAUGGAAGUAUUUCUGCAGCAAAAGGAUCACUUGGAUUUUGAACCAGAUAAGAAUAACCUGCUAAAAUCGAGUUUUGGCCUAAAAAAAGAAUCGACUAAGAUAAAUUUCAAAAAUGAUCCUUGCAAAGUUACUAGAAAUAGUCCUCUUGGAAAGGAACAGAAAGUGUCUCUUGAAAGUGAAGUACCAGUUACAUACAAAACCCAUGAAUCAUCAUAUCUUAGCUUACACGACGUAACCUCAAAAUUACCCCAACGAGCGUCACCUCAUUUUGUAGGAGCCAAUAGCGCAGCGAUAUUAAAUGACGUCACGCUUAAGGUAGCUACUCCCAGUUUAUUAUUAGUCUGCGGUCCGGUGGGCAGCGGGAAAUCAUCACUAUUAGCGACCAUUUUAGGCGGAGAAUUUCUAGUAACAAAAGGCUUCGUAAGAUACUCGGGAUCUCUCGCCUACGUUUCGGAAACACCUUGGGUAUUUCCCGGGACCAUCCGUGAGAAUAUAUUAUUUGGUCUACCUUACGAAGAAAACACGUAUACCGAAACAUUGCGAGCAUGUCAGUUGGAAAAAGAUUUGCAAUCAUUUCCAAAACAAGAUUUAGCUGUUAUUGGCGAACACGGGGCGACGGUGAGCGGUGGACAGCGGACACGAAUUGCUCUGGCACGCGCAGUAUACUCACAGGCCGAUAUAUAUUUACUGGAUGACCCGCUGAGCUCCUUGGAUGCAAAGGUGGCGAAAAAUGUUUUUCGGCAUUGUAUCCGUGGACUUUUGGCUAAUCGAAUAGUUCUUCUCACAACACACGACACCAAAUAUUACCACCAAGCAGAUCGUAUCGUUUACAUCAGAAACGGGAAAGUCGAGGAACUUACGCCCCAAACAUACGCUCCAUCCCCUGAUUCCAAAAUGAAAAAACUGAACGAAGAGCAUGACGAGAAAACAGUGACGUUGAGAGGCUCUGGUGAGCACGGAGGAGCGCAGACGUUGCAACCGGAGGAAGAGGAAAGAGAAACGGGAAGAGUGGCGUUUAAUGUUUACAAAGAGUAUUCCCUUUUCGGUGCGUCAGCAUCAGUCUUGGUCGUUAUCGCUUUGGUAUUCUUCUCUGGUCAAGGUUUGAUUGUUUUGGUGGACUUUAAUGCCUCGCGCUUGCCGAAGUUGGCAGAAAAUGGCGAGAAGAGUUUUAAUUAUGCACUAAUGCUCUACACACUUUAUCUGGUCGCUGGUGUUAUGUUGGUGGUUUUGGGAACACUUUUUAUCUUUCUGGUCCUAAUGAACGCUUCCUACAAAGUCCACAAUAAGAUGGUCAAGUGUCUCCUGAGCGCACCACUAUCGUUCCAUGCCGUCAAUCCGGUCGGAAGAAUUUUGAACCGGUUCUCUCAAGACAUCAACAACCUCGACGAUCUUUUACCAUUCUACAUCUUCAUGGUUUGUACCUAUGCAGGGCCAACCAUAGCAACACUGUUGCUAGCUAUCAUCACGACACCUCUUUUAAUCAUUCCAGUUCUGAUAGCAAUGCCUCUCUUCUACUUCUUCUCAAAAGUUUAUUUCACAUCGGGAACCGACAUAAAACGGCUCAUGUCGAUUGCUGGCAGUCCUAUUUAUUCCCAUUUCUCAAACACCAUGGAAGGUUUAAGAACUAUAAGAGUUUAUGGAAGACAAAAGGAAUUUACAGAUGAAGCAUUCAGACGUGUCGACGAGCACCACAGGGCAGUUCUUUGCAGUUAUGUCGCCAUUCGAUGGUUUGCAAACGUCUUCAGCAUCAUUUGCGUUACACUCGCGACAAUUGUAACGGUGAUGGUUGUGUACUUAAUAAAGGACGCGUUAACUGCAGCACUGGGUGCAGUGACUAUACUUUAUACCGUCAACACGACACAAAUGAUUGAUUAUGUUGUCAGAGUAACGGGUGACGUCAACUCACAGAUGACAUCAGCGGAACGUGUGCUUGCCUACACCAGAAUUGAGCCUGAGCGCGGGCACGAUGAGCCUGAUAUGCCUCCCGAAAAUUUGCCACGCGCGGGCGAAGUUGUGUUUAAGGACGUUUCGCUUUCGUAUCACAUCGGUGGUGUGGACUCCUUGAAGAACGUUUCGUUCAAAAUAAACUCGUCAGGGAGAAAGUCGGAAUAGCUGGAAGGACUGGGGCGGGAAAAUCAUCUGUAGUGGCCGCGCUUAUGCGGCUUGCAGAGACCCGGGGCGAGAUUAUGAUUGAUGGCUUGAAUAUUAAACAUUUCAAUACGCUUUCAACUCGCAAACAUAUUUCAGUAAUCUCGCAAACACCGACUUUAAUGAAAGGAACAGUUCGACUAAAUCUUGACCCGUUAAACCAGCACACAGAUGAAGAGAUAUGGAAUGUUUUAAAACAAGUUAAACUCGAUUCUGUUGUCACAAAUCUACCUGAGAAAUUUGAUUCAGAACUAAACAUUGGCGACACGGGUUUUAGCAUCGGCGAAAAACAGAUGUUAAAUCUCGCACGAGUUUUGCUGCAGAAUAAUAAAAUUGUGAUCUUAGACGAAGCGACAGGAAAGAUGGAUGAAAGCACGGAGGAAGAAAUUCAACAAAUAAUCUGCGAAGUGUUUAAAGACUGCACAGUUAUCAUCAUUACACAUCGACUGAAUACGAUACUGAAAUGUGACAGGGUGAUGGUAUUGGAUCAGGGUAAACUUAUGGAAUUUGACCGGCCUGGCGUGUUAUUGAACAAACCUAAUGGGCUGUUAAAACAACUGCACGAUAAUG